GGACCGGUUUAAAACUAUAAGCUAAUGUCGGAUGAUAUAUGGGAGGAGAGUGCUGUCAAAGGAUUUCAAUUUGACUUAGAGGAAGCAGAUAAUACUUCAACGUACUCUCAUAUUCUCGGUGAUAGCUUUGGUGAAACAUUUUGUGAUGAAUCAAUAACAAUAGACUUUAACAAUCAAUUUUGUACAAUAUGCCAUAACUUAAUCGGUAAUGAGAUUUACUAUGAAAAAGAUGCUACGUUCUGUUCAGAGGCAUGCUGGUUGAAAGCAAUUACAAUAGCUCUUGAUGAUUUUGUUGUUGGGGGAAUGAGUACAUGGCCAUUGAGUACUUUUGUUUCACAAUCCUCUAAAUCAGUUAUUUUAAAUUUGACUACAAGCACUUAUGAUGGGAAUUUAAUUACAAAGAUUGUUAAUGAACUUAGGAAUUCAUUAUCAGAAAGCACUUUUGAAAAUAUUUUGCUAAAAAACCCCGUAGCCGCGUUUCACUUUCUUAACUUCCUUAGAAAUACUGGACAGUUAGUAGACUUAAAGAAAUAUAUGAAAAUACUAGGUUUUAUCAGAGAAAGUGAAAUUUCUAGCUAUAGUCAGUUGAUGCAAAAGUUGAUGAAUUUAUCGUCGGGUCAUGUAGACGAAGUUAAUAAACAUUUAAUGCAGAUUGCAGAAUCUGAAGUAGCCUCAAAUCUUGCUGUUAAAAAUAUUGUUGAAAUCUCUUCUGAAUUGGCUGUUAUCUUGGAUUAUCAGAACAGCUAUGAAAGAGAAUGGAGUUCAUAUUACAGUGAACUUCUUACUUGUACAAACACCCGGAAAACCGCUACUACACUUCCUGAGAGUUUGUUGAUGCAGCCAUUAUGCGAAACUCUUGGUGCAUUGGCGAGGAUGGAUCAAAGCAUUAAAACCAAUAGUCGGGCUGAAACUCUUGGGAAAAAGUUCAAAAUAUCGGAUGAACAGUUUAGAUGGUUGUUAAUAGAGCCCCUUGUUCAGUCACGAAACUGGAACGAUCUGGAAUUUAUCAUGUUAAAAAAGAAAUCUUUGUCGCGUCGUAUGGAGGUUACCAUCCCAAAUGACCGUUUUAUCCUUCAUCUCAAUUCAUUAGGUGUCCCAAACAAUAUUAUUGAAAGUUACUUGAAAUAUCUAAGUGAUGAUGAAUUUAUACAGAUUGUUAUUCGGUUAAAUAUGGUCGAUGAAGCGGUUAAACUCUGCUUGGAAAAACGAAAUAUCAACGCUUUGAAGGAACUCAUGUCUCAAAUACCUGGCAAUCAUCAAAAGAAGAAAGAAAUAUCUCACUAUCUAUCAGUUCCUGUUGCACAGUGGAAAGACUUUGUUUGUAGACAAGCGUUUUGAAAUGAACUUUUCAUUUUACAUUUUUGAGAAACACUGAUGAGCUGGAUUUUGAGCCUCGACUUUUGUACGCACAUAUGUAUCGUCCCGUUAUCAACUGAAAUAACAAGCGGAUAAUGGUGAAUAAUCCUUGCGAUUCCCGAGUUUCACUUCGAUCAAUACUUUAACAAUAAACACAGCAGUUGGACCUUUUUGCCAUAUAGUAAACACUAAACGAGAACAGAGCUCAUAAACAACGAGUGAUAUCGAGAAUCAAAAGAGCUGGCACUAAACCUCAAUAUUCAAAGGAAGAUAAAAAAAAAAGUGAACAAAACCUGUGGGAAUGAUAUUGGUUUUUCCUGCUUUGAACAGUUGUGGAGGAUUGCAC